GGGUCAACCUAUCCUGGGGGUCCCUCACACCGCUCACACAUUGGGCAAGCUUCCGAUGACCUCAUGGCAUCAGCACUCUGUCCAGUGACGUAAAGGAGUUUCAUAGCAUUUAGAGAGAGGUCUUUCUUAUUCUUUCUUUUAACAUUAGUAGUAUAACCACAAAACUGAGUUUGCAAAAACAUGGACACAAAAAGACACACACAUUCAUAUACAUACACACACACAAACAUAAUACUACACACACACACACACAAUUGUGCACUAGUUACAUAAUAGUACAAGUUAAACCCUUUUUUAUUAACUUAUCUUCUAUCUGUACAGAUUCCUCCCACCCCCAUCCUACACUCACUAACUCACUAAUUCACUCUACUGUAUGCCCAUCCCUAGAAAAAAUACACUCCUCCUCUCGCUGCUCUCUCUCACUCUCUGUGAUCCCUGCCUUCCUUCUCUCUCUCUGUCUCUCUCUUCCUCCAUUCUUUUUCUCCUACAUUUCCCCUCUCCUGCCUCAACUGAGUAGCCAACAUGGCUGGACAUCCAGCUCCCAGCAUGACCUGGGCCCUGACGCGCAUGGAGAAGGCUAAGGACGUCAAGGACGAGGAAAAGUUCUACAAGUUCGAAGGGGUGAUCUACUCAUCCAUCAUGAGCCCGGCCGAGAACCUGGAGGCACUUAGGACCAUGGAGGCGCGGGCUGACGACGUGAUGCUGGUGGCCUAUCCCAAGUGCGGAUUCAACUGGAUGGUGGCUGUGCUGCGUAAAAUGAUGGCUGCGACCAGCGGGAAGAAAGAAACCCCCCCCAUGCACGCGCUGAUUGAGUUCUACUCGCCAGACGCGCAGAAGUUCAUAGCUCAGCAGCCGUCUCCGCGGUUUCUGGGGACUCACCUGCACCCCGUCAACAUCCCCGUUUCUUUUAAAGAGAAGAAGACCAAGAUGCUGGUGGUGUGGAGGAACCCCAAGGACACGCUGGUCUCCUACUUCCACUUCAUGAACAAGAACCCAGUGCUCCCCAGCGUGGAGUGGGACAAGUUCUUCUCAGACUUCAUGAGUGGAGAAGUGGCCUGGGGUUCAUAUUUUGACCAUGCUGUUGCCUGGGAUAAGCUAAUGGACGAUCCAAAUAUCAAGAUUAUAACCUACGAGAACCUCAAACAGGACCUGAGUGAGGGCAUCAGGCAGAUCUCCCAGUUCUUUGGCUUCCCCCUUACUGAAGAGCAGGUCCAGACCAUCUACUCAGAGACAACCUUCAGCGCUAUGAAGGAAAGCGGUUCUCAUGGCAAACUAGGCAGCGCCUUCUUCAGGAAAGGUGAGGUGGGCGACUGGAGGAAUCACUUCAGUGAGGCCCAGAGCCAACAAAUGGAUGAGGAGUUCAACAAGAGACUAGCAGGAACCAAACUGGGGGCCCUGCUCCAAUACGACACCUACUGCAAGUAGGGAGCUGUUACACAGAUGCUUGCCUAGUUGAGCUUUCGGUGUCUUGUAGCAUAUCAAUAAAAAAUCCAUAAAACAU